UGUAUGGUCUAGCGUGUGGAGAGCCUCGAUCGAAAGACGAGCCGAGUGGUCUUGGUCUGCUAAUCUCAAACGUAGCCGCUUGCGAAUCGAGUUCAUGUCAAGGCAUCCGUCACGCUGAGCUCUCCAUUUUGCUUAUAAGCACGAUCACUCGACGGCUCGUUCGAAAUCAGGAAUAUAUUUUUUUUGGAAAUUUUCGUAACAUUCAAUAUUUUUUCUUUUCCGCGAUAAACAAGUUGCAACCCCUGCGAGACGUGACAACCGGACGGUGGUCAGCAUACUGGUCAUGUGGACCGGUCUAAAGCCGGAUGAUAGUGAACUGUCCAGGCUAAAAGUGCGUACGAGAGAGGCAAUCAAUCAAAAUGGCCGACGGUCAUUCAGGGUCUGCACGCCGCAUUACGGGCUUGGUAGCCACUAGCCGGGCAGACAUAGCGUUGAGUGAGCAGUCCCGCUGAUCGUACGCAUUCUUUAUCGGAGUGCAGCGCAGGCACGCGUGCAGGCUUCUUUCAUUUUGAAUUCUCCCGAUCUUCUGGAAUGUGAAUUUUUUGCAGCUGAUUAGGACAUCGCUGUAUUGUUUCUGCAUUGUUUGGAUUUUUGUUUCAUCUUUGGAUUUACGUGGAUUUAUUGUGCUUGCUCAUAUUCGCUAUUCGGUAGCAUUUUAUGCAGAUUUCGGAAACGUUUGCAAUCACACUACUAGGAAUGCCAAAUCAGAAGCAUAAGAGGAUAUCCUCAUGAUAAUCAGAUCCAACUGGACCAUGCGAAGUUUGGCGAAUUUGUUAGCCUUCCUGUGGACGGUCCGGAUGGCAACCGGACACCAAUCCCUCAACCUUCCAUGCCCCAAUAAUCCCUUGUCUUACAGGGAAGCCGGCUUCAGCGACUCUCAGAGGGAAUCGCCGGACAGUAUCUUGUUGACCCGGUCAAAACGGGAUUAUCGGCUGGCUAAGCAUGCGGUCGAUCCCUUAUUGUCCGGCACAGAGAGCCGGGCAGCACACUCCCGUCAUCGCCGGAAACGGGCCGAUCUCAAUCCUAUUCAAAUGACCGUUAAGGAAAGCGACUAUCAGAUUGUGGGCAAAGAGAUCCGCCGGCUCCAGCCGACAGGUGGCAGCCGGUCAUUACGUUACUAUUUACGUGCAGAGAAUCCCUGGGUGGAAUUACGCCCGGAAAAUGGAGCAAUCAUUGUCAAAAAAGCCUUCGAUUACGAGGGAUUGGAUGCGAGCAAGUCUAUUGAUUUUUUCGUUCUCAUCAACGAUACACUGACCGGAGCUGUGAAUACGCAGCGAGUGACGAUCACGGUGCAAGAUGACAACGAUACACCGCCGCAUUUCAUCAAUGCGCCGCGUCCCUUCCAAGCUGUUGUGCCCAUCAAUGCGCCGGAGAACUUUCCUGUCUUCCGGCUAGAGGCAAUCGAUCCCGAUGCUAAUGCCCAAAUCCGCUACAAACUGACCCGCGACCAGGCCGAUGGCAAGUUCACUGUCGACGAGGUCACCGGUGAUAUUCGGACGACGGCAGCUGGCAAACACGAUAUUAUCCAGGAUCGUGAGUAUGUUAUUUACGUGCGUGCAGAAGACCGCAACGGAAUUAAUCAGAACACCGAAGACGAGCGUGUAAGCAUCGUGGGCGGACGCCGACCACCACAGUUUUACGAGCAACAGUAUACCGUCAAUGUACCGGAAAACAAACCGCCGAAAUCGAGUAUCAUUUCCGUUCGGGCAAGAAGCUUUGCGGAUAAGCAGAUCUCCUACUCACUGGACAACGACGAUUCAAAUAUGUUCAAAAUCAAUCCAACUUCCGGUGACAUUACAUUAGAAAAGCCAUUGGAUUAUGAUGACCCUCGACAACCCAAAACGUACUUGUUGACGCUCUUGGCUAAAGAGAGCGGUGGCAUGAGCACUGCCGUUCGGCUAACGGUCAAUGUUAAAGAUGUGAACGAUAACGCACCGAAAUUCGGUUUGCCAAUUUAUCAGGGAUGGGUUGACGAAGAUAUUUCCACAGAAGCAGAAAUUUUAACAGUGACGGCGAAUGAUCCUGAUGAGGGUGAUAAUGGUUUCAUCGAUUACUCUAUCAACGAUCCAAACUUUAAAAUCCGUAAAGCCGGUAACUCCGGCGUGAUCUAUGCUGCGAAACGAUUGGAUGCCGAUCGGGUCAAACAGUACGAGGUAAUCGUAACCGCCACGGAUCGCGGAUCACCGGCACGUUCCAGCACGAGUACGGUGCGCAUCUUUACGUUCAACACCAACGACGAAGUUCCCACGUUUAGCCAGAUGGUGUACACGGCUAGUUUGGAAGAGAACGCUCAGCCCAGUGCUGUCGUUGCCACAGUAUAUGCGACGGAUAUCGAUGGGGAUAAAGUUUCUUAUGGCUUUGUCGGCACCGGGGCAGCGGUCGGACAAUUUGUCAUUGAUAAAGAUACCGGUGUGAUACAGUUAUGGAAUCAGCCCGUUAAACUCGAUUUGGACAAGUAUGAGCUGAAUGUGACGGCCACUGACGAUGGGAGCUGUUGUAAAGCACAGAAUGGUCUGCGCCACACCAGUACCGCGUUGGUCAUUGUUAGUGUAACGGAUGUCAAUGACAACAAGCCCGUGUUUACCAAUUGUUCCGAUUAUGAGCGCAAACGUCCGACCGUGAUGGAAGAGAAGUCGCAAGGCACUUAUGUCACUACGGUCCACGCUGUCGACCAGGACAGCGGGAUGAACGGCAAGAUAACGUAUGAGAUUGAGAAGGAUUUCCAACAGGCCCAGCGCUUUGACAUUGAUCCGGAAACCGGCGUCAUAACAACACGUGGCCGGUUUGACCGCGAGAGUAACCGCUAUGUCAGUGUGACUGUCAUUGCGAAAGACGGUGGCAUGCGACCGCUGAUUGGGAUCUGCUCGUUUCAAGUGGAAUUAUUGGAUGAGAACGAUAAUCCUCCCGUAUUCGAAAGAACGCAGUAUGAGACAACCGUUAGACAGGACAGGAAACGCGGACCGGUCAUUGCCGUAAUUGCUACUGAUGCUGAUGCAGGUCGGAAUUCCGAAAUCGAAUAUUCUUUGGAUGCUAAUGAUCAGCUGACCCAGAGAUUAUUUGGCGUCGAUAAAGAUACCGGGUGGAUUUAUCUAAAGGAUUCGCUGCCGGCAUCACCACGCCAGUAUGAAAUGACAGCGGUUGCUAGUGACAAGGGCGAACGAUCUCUAUCCGGGCGAGUGCCGGUGAUGAUUCGUGUAACAGAUGUUUCAUCACGACCUCCAAAAUGGGUGCAAGUUCCGAAGUCAAUCUCGAUUAACGAAACUGUCCAACGAAAUCACAUUUGUGCGACGAUCAAAGCAACUUCCGAAAUUCCCACUAAUAAGAGAAUAUUUUACGAGUUACUGAACGGUAACACUCUGGAUCGUAACAGGGAUCAACACUUUCUGUUAAAGCGACGAAAGGACGAUGCCGGCGACGAUAUUGCUGAUCUCGUGGUGUAUAAACCCUUGGAUUUUGAAACCACUCCGCGGUUCAAUUUGACCUUGCAAGCCAAGAAUGAUCUUGAUCCGCAACUGGACGAAACCAUCAAUAUUGUUGUGGAUCUUAUUGACCAGAACGAUGAGAUACCGCUGUUUGAAAGAUCACCGGUGUUAACUGUCUUGGAGGAUGAACCACCACUGACCAUCGUUGGGCAAGUGAGAGCCAAGGAUUCGGACGGAGAUGCUCGAUUUAGAUCGAUUACAUAUUCGAUUGACCAAGAUUCGUCGAAUGGAGACUGGCGUUUCUUUGAGAUUGACCCCAAGGAAGGGAUUAUUCGGACUAAAACCAGCUUUGAUCGCGAGCACAAAUCUAAAUUCACAGUGUCCGUUGUAGCGUCUGACGGUUUCCCUUCCGCAAUCCCAGGCGUUGUCGGUCCCAAUACUAACAAAAUUUACGUGCGAAUCGAAAUCGGAGACAAGAAUGACAACGUACCGUUCUUCGAACAACCGCUGUACGAGGCGUCCGUUCAAGAAAGUGCACCGGUUGGCCAUACAAUCAUGCAAGUAGUAGCCAAAGAUAAAGACGAACUGAAUAACCUUCGCUAUCAAAUCACACGCGGAAAUGUGGCCGGUGUCUUUGCUGUUCAACCAUCAACCGGUGUAGUAUUUCUGAACGGAGAACUGGAUUAUGAGACGCUCAGGGAUUACAACCUGGUUCUGGUCGUGUCGGAUGGUGCGCAUCAGAACGAGACUCGUCUUCAUGUUGUGGUGCAGGAUGUCAACGACAUUGCGCCGGUGUUCACCAGUAAAAAAUACACCACACAGAUCAUGGAAGAGGAUGCCAGUGGCCUACCAAAAGAGCUGCAGUUCAAUCCGAAAAUCGAAGCUACAGAUGGUGAUACGGCGCGAAACGAUCCGAUUCGAUAUUCCUUGGUCGGACAAGGCGUUGGAGAAGUGUUCGUCAUUCCGGACGAUCGGUAUGCGAAGAUUUUGAUCACUAAACCGCUUGAUCGCGAUCCACCGAAGGGAGAUCCGGUGUGGACUUUCACUAUUCUAGCAAAGGAUGAAGAUGGCAAAGGACUUACGGGUUACGCUGACGUCGAGGUACGUUUGCUGGACAUUAACGACAACGAUCCCGUAUUCCCUUCGGUAAAGACGGUGGGUGCGGUCAAGGAGAACUCGCCAGUGGGUACCCGCGUGAUGACCAUGUCGGCACUGGAUUAUGAUGACCCCAACGCCGAUCGUAAUGCUAUCGUCCGCUAUGAUAUCCUUCGUAAUGUGAUGGGCGAUAACGGCCAGCCCAUCUUCGAGAUUGAUGCAGAGUCGGGCGUGGUGAAGACCGCUUGGGCUGGGUUGGACCGCGAGCGGGUGGCAUCGUAUCAGAUUGUUGUUCGUGCAACCGAUGGUGGAGGCCGCACAGGAACCGGUACAGCGACUAUUGAUCUGCAGGAUGAAAACGACUCCCCGCCUAAGUUUCAAAGGAAACAGUACUCGCAGUCGAUUGAUGAAACUCCAGGGAGCAUCUUGCCGAAUAAUGCGGUGCUGGAUGUCGGAGUAAAUGAUGCGGAUAUAACCAACAACUUCGUUUAUGAUAUUGUGAAACCGUGCGCCAAAGAUGAAUAUGGAUGCGAACACUUUUACAUAAAUUCAAAUAGUGAUGGGUCAGGAUCGUUGUUUGUGCUGGCACCAUUGGAUUUUGAGAACGAUCAACACCGUGCUGGGUUCAGGUUCAGGAUUUUCGUGAAUGAUCGAGGCGAUUUGACCAAACCAAAAGAUACCGCCCAGGUGCAGAUUACAUUAAACGAUAUCAACGAUAAUCCACCAAAGUUUGACAAGCCAAACCAGCGCGUUGAACGCCGAGAAGAUAUUCGGGUCGGGGAGGAAUUGGCAACUUUCAAAGCUACUGAUGCCGAUAACGAUGGAAAAUCGCAAGUGUCAUACCGCAUCAAACGAUCUACUGAUCCCGGACGUCAGUUCACGAUCGGCCCGGAAGGCAUCGUGCGUGUCCAGCAGCCACUGGAUCGGGAGAAAGUUGAAACGCACUAUGUUGAAAUUCUGGCUGUCGAUGAUGGAACACCAAAACUCACGUCCACGGCCACGUUGACGGUUCACUUACUGGAUGUGAACGAUAAUCCGCCCCAGUUCGCGGAAGACUAUAAUCCUGUGGUUUUCGAGAAUGAACCUCCAGAUCAGCUGGUUGCCGAAGUUAGCGCCAUGGAUCCAGACUCAGGAACAAAUCACGGCGGGCCUUUUACGUUUUCCUUCCCUCAUCCCAACAACAAUCCGGCUCAUAAUUUUUUCCGAUUGGAGCCGAAGAACUCUGGUGGUGCAAAUGGCAAUGGCUCGGCUAUGAUUUAUACUACCCAGACAUUCGAUAGAGAAGAUCGGAAGUACUAUUAUGUUCCCAUCAUCAUUGAGGAUGUUGGCGGAAUGUCUGGAACCAGUACGCUCACGGUGACCAUCGGUGAUCGUAAUGAUAACGAAAUGUUCCCGGGAAGCAAGGAGAUUUUUGUAUACAAUUACAUGGACAAAAUUAAUAAUGUGGAAAUCGGGCGUGUGCACGUGGAAGAUAAAGACGACUGGGACCUGCCGGAUAAACAGUUUACAUGGGCCAUGGGCACGGAGCCGAGUCCGUAUUUCGAUUUAAACAGGGACACUGGUAUGAUUACCAUGAAGAGAGGAGCUACCGAAGGCCAGUAUCGUUUCUCAGUGGAUGUUUUGGACAAAAAAUACGAGAAAAGCGUGACAUCGACGGUUGUCGUCAACGUGAUGAGUGUGACCGAGGAAGCAGUGGCCAAGUCUGGCUCCAUACGUCUUCGAGGCAUCUCAGCUGAGGAUUUUAUUCAGAUUGGACCAGAUGGAAGCUCGAAGUACGACAAAUUCAAGGAGCUUGUCAAGAAGUUAACCGGUGCCAAAGUAGUGGAAAUAUUCUCGGUCAUAUCACCGGACCGGACCAAACCGCCGUAUACAGAUGUGCGAUACUCUGCCCACGGAUCACCACUGUAUUCGCCGGUAUUGCUGGAUGGAGUGUUGGAAUUGAACCGAGAAGAUGUGGAAAACACGUUAGGAGUGAAGAUUGAUAUGGUUCCUAUAACAUUUUGUAACGAUGACAUCUGUGAGGAGGGCUGCACAACACUCCAUUCUGUCCCUUUGGAUGAUGUUGCCACUUUGAUAAAUGCGAAUAAAACUUCCCUCUUGGCCGUAACGAUUAAACACGAGCGCCAGUGUGUUUGUAAAGCCACCGAUUUCAGGAAACCGGAGUCGUGCGCUACACUGCAGUGCUAUAAUGGUGGCGUUUGUCGCGAUGAUUGGGAGCCCCAUCCCUAUUGUGAGUGUCCUGAUGGCUUCGAUGGACCGCGAUGUCAACGAACCAUGCGAAAUUUUAAAGAAAAUUCAUUCGCAUGGUUCCCUACGCUUGAACAAUGUCAGGAUUCGCACUUGAGUUUUGAGUUCAUGACCGAAAUACCGGAAGGAUUGUUGGUGUAUAAUGGACCGAUUGGAACCAAGAAUGGCGCUAAGACAGAUUUUCUGGCAGUAGAUUUAUCGAAAGGUCGUCCCAGAGUGCAUCUUGACUUGGGAUUCGGAACGCCAUUGAAAUUGGAAGUUGCAACGCGUCGACCGAUCAGCGAUGGAUCAUGGCAUCGUUUGGACAUCUACUGGUCUGGUCAGAGCGCACGUAUCGUCGUCGACUGGUGCCGUGACUCUAACAUCACCGAUCCCGAGGAAACUUCUGGAACUCCCUCAAAUGACCUUUCUGCUUGCGAAGCGCGCGGCCAGACGCUUGGCUUUCAGACCGGACUGAAUGUCCAUCAGCCGUUGCAGUUGGGCGGACUGUAUGGCGUUUCCAGCUCAUCCACGCCCUUUUCACAGCGGUCCUUUGAAGGCUGCAUGCGGAAUGUCAUCUACAACGGAAAUAUGUACGACAUGCAGUCAAGUGGACACGCUAAAGAAUCUGCACCGGGCUGUGAGCCGUCGGAUCGCAUGUGCGGCGGCGGACCGAACGAGAUAUCCCGGAAGUGCAUCAAUGGACAGUGCAUCGGGACAUACUAUGAUUACCAUUGUGAAUGUUAUCCGGGAUUCAGGGGCGAGCAGUGUAAUUUCCGGACCAAGGAGAAGUCGUUUGAGAAGCGGAGUUUUAUGCGAUUGGAACUGGCGUUUGACAUCAACGAAUACUCUAGUUCGUUGCAGCUGAUGUUCCGGACCCGGAAAGCUUUCGGUCAGAUAUUUGCGGCGACCAGCAUUAGCGGUGGAGAGUAUUUGAUCUUGGAGAUCAGAAAUCAUACGCUGCAUUUCCGCUACGACCUGAACCCGAAUAAAAACGAGGAAUACAUUUUGACGUUGGGAGAUUUUCCAGUGGAUGAUGGGCGAUGGCACACUGUCAGAGUCAACCGAUAUGGUGCGGAUGCGGUGAUGACCAUUGACGGAGGCGACGGACGACGGUAUGGAGAACUAAUUUCUCCCACACCUGCAUCCCAUCGGAAGAUGAAACUACAAAAGGAAGCUACCUUGGGGGCUCGCGUUCAGGAACGCGGCAUGUCGGAAUUCGAAGUGGUGUUUGACUUUGAAGGCUGUAUGAACGAUGUCCGCUACGACGGGGAAUCCCUGCCGAUGGAUCACAACGAACAAAGCAACCGAGCUAGAAUUCUGACGGCUGUCAACGUAACCGACAACUGUGAGUCCAAAGAUCCCUGUAAGGGGUUUAUCUGCCCCGAUCCGAUGAUCUGCGUGGAUCUGUGGCGGCUGGCAUCGUGCCAGUGUCCACCUGGAUUCAAAAAGUCCGAUGACGCUAGUGACAGGAGUAACUGCGUAGAUGUCAAUGAAUGUGAAGAGGAUCCAGGGAUAUGUCGAAAUGGUGGAACAUGCCAGAACUUUAUUAAAACUGACAAGACGGAUCGCAGUCCCGGAUAUGCGUGCAUGUGCCAGCCUGGUUACGUCGGGCAGAACUGCAAUGCGGCGAUGAAAGAGCAGCGGCUAGGGAUGUCGUACGGUGCUAUCAUUGCGAUGGUGAUAUCGGCAGUCGUACUUCUAUCGUUCUUUGUGUGUAUCAUUUUCUACACGAGAAGACGCCGGGCCUACGACGAGAAAAUGGCUCUGACCAUUGAUCCGGAUGACGACAUUCGGGAAAAUAUUGUCUCGUACCAUGAUGAAGGCGCCGGUGAGGAAGAUAUGCAGGCGUACGAUAUCACGCCGCUGCGCAUUCCCAUCGGGCCGGGCGUGUUGCCGCAUCCCGGCAAGGAUGAUCCCAGUCGAAAAGCCAUCCUUCCGCCGGAAGGUCUCCGGCCUGGGCAGGUUCCCGGAGCCAGACCCAUAGUUGCGGGUGAUGGUGGAAUGCCUGACUUGCCGACACUCCUGCAGCAGCGCUUGCAGGAAGCCGAUAACGAUCCCAUGGCGCCGCCAUAUGAUGAGCUCAGAUUGUACGCCUAUGAAGGCGGAAACGAUACUCCAGUUGAUCUCAGUGACAUCGAAGACCGUGACGAAGAAGAGGGCGAUUAUGAUUAUCUGAAAUCUUGGGGACCAAGAUUUGAGAAACUGGCCAAAUUAUAUGCAGAAACUGCCGAGGACGAUGAGAACCUAUGAUCCAUUUUUAAAGGAUUAUCGGUUGAUUUCUGUGACUGUCGGCUUGGUGCAAAAGCAAGCCGGCCGGUGAUUGUGAACAUUUCCUACUACACUGCCAAACCUUUUAUAAUCAGUGGAUAGCCAUGAGUUUUAGUCAGAGUUUUGCUCAGUUAUCGUUGGGCGUUGCAAGUCAGUGUACAGUUGGACAUGGGGUGGCUGCCUCGUGAGAGGCACAUUGGGGGUGCUCUGUGCGACCAAGAUACGUUGCAUUUUUGUUGUUUUUAGUUUCUAGUACAGCCAUAAGGUUGUCGGUUUCUUAGUACGAGUUCAGAAUGAUGCUGAGUAAAUGUUUCACUUGUUUUUUGACCAAAGCCCGUGAUGAGGUCUCUCCUGGUAUUUUGUACGAAUGUGCUCGUUAGUAUCGUCUGUACUUGCAUGGGUUCUGUACAGAUGGCGUUUUUUGAAUCCUUUGUUUGUGUAUUAACAAAUUUUUUUGUUUACUAUGGUUGUAUUGUUAACUGAUCUGAUUGAUUAAACACUCGGAACAUGG